AUGGCUUCCGAGACGAAUCAGCUUCAGCAAGCUCAACUCGCCAUGGUCCUCGGCGCCGAUUCCGCCCCCUUCGAGACCCUCAUCUCCCACCUCAUGUCCUCUUCCAACGAGCAGCGCUCCGCCGCCGAGACUCUUUUCAAUCUCGCCAAGCAGAGCAAUCCCGAUACCCUCGCCUUGAAGCUAGCUCAUCUUCUCCAGCUCUCUCCUCAUCCCGAGGCUCGUGCCAUGGCCGCCGUUCUCCUCCGGAAGUUGCUCACCCGCGAUGACGCCUAUCUCUGGCCGCGUCUCUCCCUCUCCACUCAAUCCUCCCUCAAAUCCUCGAUGCUCUCUUGUAUUCAGCGCGAGGAGGCCAAAUCGAUCUCGAAGAAGAUUUGCGACACAGUCUCUGAACUUGCAUCCGGUAUCCUCCCGGAUAACGGAUGGCCGGAGCUGCUCCCGUUUGUUUUCCAGUGCGUAUCAUCCGAUUCCCCUAAAUUGCAGGAAUCGGCGUUUUUGGUCUUGGCGCAAUUGUCCCAGUACGUUGGGGAGACUCUCACCCCUCACAUCAAGCAUCUCCACGGCAUCUUUCUCCAGUGCUUGAGCAGUAACUCUGCUAGCUCCGACGUCAAAAUCGCCGCUCUCAACGCCGUGAUUAGUUUCGUUCAGUGUUUAUCAAACUCAACGGAGCGGGAUAGAUUCCAAGAUGUUCUCCCUGCGAUGAUCAGGACGUUGACCGAAUCCCUGAACAACGGGAACGAAGCAACUGCUCAGGAGGCACUCGAGCUUUUGAUCGAAUUGGCUGGUACUGAGCCACGGUUCCUCAGGAGGCAGCUCCUUGACAUUGUUGGUUCGAUGCUUCAGAUCGCAGAGGCUGAUUCCCUCGAGGAAAGCACGCGCCACCUGGCGAUUGAGUUUUUGGUAACUCUGGCUGAGGCGCGAGAGCGUGCCCCUGGGAUGGUCAGGAAACUACCUCAGUUCAUCGACAGGUUGUUUGCUGUUCUGAUGAAGAUGCUCGAGGAUAUCGAAGACGAUCCUGCUUGGUACAGCGCUGAGACCGAGGACGAGGACGCUGGUGAGACGAGCAACUACAGCAUGGGUCAAGAGUGUUUGGAUCGGUUAGCAAUUUCUUUGGGAGGGAACACCAUUGUUCCAGUUGCGUAUCAGCAGUUUUCUGCUUACUUGGCUGCCACUGAGUGGCAGAAGCACCAUGCUUCUUUGAUUGCGCUUGCUCAGAUUGCUGAAGGUUGCUCAAAGGUGAUGUUAAAAAAUCUAGAGCAAGUGGUGUCCAUGGUUUUGAGCCAAUUUCAAAGUCUUCAUCCUCGCGUAAGGUGGGCAGCCAUAAAUGCAAUUGGACAGUUGUCUACAGAUUUGGGUCCAGAUUUGCAAAACCAACAUCAUCAGAGAGUGCUCCCCGCACUUGCUGCUGCUAUGGAUGAUUUCCAGAAUCCACGAGUGCAGGCUCAUGCUGCUUCAGCAGUACUCAACUUCAGUGAAAAUUGUACUCCUGAAAUAUUGGCACCUUAUUUAGAUGGAGUAGUGAGCAAGUUGCUUGUCCUACUACAAAAUGGAAAACAAAUGGUGCAAGAAGGAGCUUUAACAGCUCUAGCCUCAGUUGCUGAUUCAUCCCAGGAUCACUUCCAAAAAUACUAUGAUGCUGUCAUGCCUUAUCUCAAAACUAUUUUGAUGAACGCAACUGACAAAUCUAAGCGAAUGCUUCGUGCUAAAUCCAUGGAAUGCAUCAGUCUUGUUGGAAUGGCAGUUGGAAAGGACAGAUUUAGGGAGGAUGCUAGGCAGGUCAUGGAAGUGCUUAUGUCGUUGCAAGGAUCUGAAAUGGAGGCAGACGAUCCAAUAACGAGUUACAUGUUACAGGCAUGGGCUAGGCUUUGCAAGUGUCUCGGUCAAGAUUUCCUCCCAUACAUGAGUGUUGUGAUGCCUCCAUUGCUUCAGUCAGCUCAACUUAAGCCUGAUGUAACAAUUACAUCUGCCGAUUCAGAAGAUGAAGCAGAGGAUUCUGAUGACGAAAGCAUGGAGACCAUCAUCCUGGGAGACAAAAGAAUUGGGAUCAAAACAAGUGUCCUGGAGGAAAAAGCCACCGCUUGUAAUAUGCUAUGUUGCUAUGCUGAUGAGUUAAAAGAAGGAUUUUUCCCCUGGAUUGAUCAGGUUGCACCUACACUGGUUCCCUUGCUAAAAUUCUACUUUCACGAAGAAGUUAGAAGAGCAGCUGUGUCAGCCAUGCCGGAACUAAUGCGCUCAGCUAAGCUGGCAAUAGAGAAAGGAACAUCUCAAGGGCGCGACCUAUCCUAUCUGAAGCAGCUUUCGGACUACAUUAUUCCAGCCAUGCUGGAAGCUUUGCAUAAAGAACCUGAUACAGAGAUCUGUGUGAGUAUGUUGGAAGCUAUCAAUGAAUGCUUGCAGAUCUCCGGAAAUCUUUUGGAUGAAGGGAAAAUUAGAUCCAUAGUUGAUGAGGUAAAGCAAGUCAUGACAGCAAGCUCUAGUAGGAAACGAGAGAGGGGAGAGAGGGCCAAUGCUGAAGACUUUGAUGCUGAAGAGGGAGAGCUUAUUAAAGAGGAAAAUGAGCAAGAGGAAGAAAUUUUUGAUCAAGUUGGUGAAAUAUUGGGAACACUGGUUAAGACAUUCAAGGCCUCGUUCCUGCCUUUCUUCGAUGAACUAUCCUCUUACCUAACUCCUAUGUGGGGAAAGGAUAAAACAGCUGAAGAGAGAAGGAUUGCUAUAUGCAUUUUUGAUGAUGUUGCAGAACAAUGUCGUGAUGCUGCCUUUAAAUACUAUGAUACUUAUCUUCCAUUCGUACUGGAAGCUUGCAAUGACGAGAGCCCAGAAGUUCGGCAGGCAGCUGUUUAUGGGCUUGGUGUUUGUGCUGAGUUUGGCGGAUCUGUAUUCAAGCCUCUUGUUGGAGAGGCUCUGUCAAGAUUAAAUGUUGUGAUACAGCAGCCAAAUGCUCGGCAAUCUGAAAAUGCCAUGGCAUAUGAUAAUGCUGUCUCCGCUGUUGGAAAGAUCUGCCAAUUUCACCGUGACAGUAUCAAUUCUUCACAGGUGCUUCCUGCGUGGUUGAACUGUUUGCCUUUAAGUAAUGAUGUCAUUGAAGCCAAAGUGGUUCAUGAUCAGCUCUGCUCAAUGGUUGAAAGGCAAGAUGUGGACCUUUUAGGCCCCAAUAACCAGUAUCUUCCGAAAAUCUUAAUAGUGUUUGCGGAGGUGCUUACAGGGAAAGAUGUGGUGACAGAAGAGACGGCAGGUCGUAUGAUAAAUAUACUAAGGCAACUUCAGCAGACACUGCCACAAUCGGCGUUGGCCUCAACAUGGUCAACGCUGAAACCUGAGCAGCAGCUCGCUCUCCAAUCCAUGCUUUCCUCCUAA